AUGAAUCCAACAAAUUCUGGUUCCGCUAGGAAUGAUAAAAAAAGGCGUCUGGAGACGGAAGAUAUUUCAGCUCCAAAUCCGCAAGACAAUUGGGCACGUUUUGUAGUCAUCGAGGCUACAAAUGGUGAACCCCUCAAACUGAAUCCAUUUUUGAUUUCAAAGACCAUCCAAUCGAUUUGUGGAGAGGUCAAGAACGUUUCAUGUCUUCAGGGUGGUCAACUCCUUGUUGAGUGUGCAAGAAAACAACAGUCCAUCAACCUUUUACAGCAACAUCACCUUGCAAAUGUCAGUGUUGGUGUCACAGCACCUAAAACGCUCAACUCUAGUAGAGGAAUCGUGCGAGACAGAGCCCGUUGCUUGGCGGACAUGUCAAUGGACGAAAUAGUGGAAGAACUUCAAGAUCAAAAUGUCACUUCUGUAAAGCGCUUCACUGUCAAGAAGUAUGAUGGCAGUACUGUUCCAAGCAACACCUACCUGUUUACUUUUUCGAUGAGUACUGUGCCCAAAUCAAUAAAAGCCGGCUUUUUCAAUAUCCGAGUGGAGGUGUACAUCCCCUCUCCACUCAGGUGUUAUUCAUGUCAGAAGUUUGGACAUGGUUCCAAAUCAUGCCGUAAUGCUCAUCGUUGUCAUCGAUGCAGCGAAGAUCAUCUGGAUUCUGAUUGCUCUAAAGAUCCCAAAUAUGUAAACUGUGGUGGCGACCAUGUUUCCUCUUCAAAAUCUUGUCCUGAGUGGCAAAUUCAAUCCAAAAUUCUGAAGUUCAAAUAUGAAAAUAAUGUCUCUUUGCUUGAGGCCAAGAAACAAGUUUCCCAUCAGUUGAAUUCAAACCUUCUCCGACUGUUAGCUAUUCAGCUGCUGUAUCGAGAAAACCUCAUUCAGUGUCAGUUUCCUGCCAAACUGAUUUGA